ACCCAAUAGAUCCUCUCAUUCUUCUACGUAUACUUUUCCUAAAUGUAAUUAUCCUUUGGAAAAACAGCUGCAGCGGCAAGAAGAAGAGGAGGAAGGCACCACAGAGUUUAAUGUAACGGAAAUGGAAGUGAUGUUCCCACCCUCGUUCACUCUCUCUUCCAAUUCUGCACCAAAUUGGUUUCUUCAUUUUCCCGUAACAGAUUCUUCUUCCAACAACUUCACUUUCAGAACUUCACCUAGGGUUCCACUUCGCUCUGCCUAUAGGGAAAGAAGCUUUGUACCACCAGUACAUGUGCAAGAUGAAAGCGUUGAAAGAAUGAUUACUGAACCAAUCACAAAUGACCAUGUUUUAAGUAGACAUUCUGCAGUAUUUAAGCAAAAUCGCCUACCUCCACUAGUGAGUGCACUAAAAGCUUCAGCAGAACUAAAUACUGCCAGUUUCCAUUUUCCUGGCCAUAACAGAGGGCAUGCUGCUCCGGAUUCAUUGAUUCAGCUCAUUGGAAUAAGACCAUAUCUUCAUGAUUUGCCUGAGCUUCCGGAGCUUGACAACCUCUUUUGUCCUGAGGGUCCCAUAUUAGAAGCACAAACAGAAGCUUCCAAACUGUUUGGAUCAUCAGAGACAUGGUUUCUUGUUGGUGGUACUACUUGUGGGAUCCAAGCAGCAAUAUUGGCGACAUGUUCACCAGGAGACUUUCUGAUUCUUCCUAGGAAUUGUCACUUAUCAGUGAUAUCUGCUAUGGUUUUAUCUGGCGCAGUACCCAAGUACAUAAUUCCUGACUAUAAGAAUGAUUGGGAGAUCGCAGGUGGUGUCACCCCGUUACAGAUGUUGCUGCAGGUAUUGAAAGUAAUCCAGGAACUAGAAAGGGAAGGUAAAAAACCAGCAGCAGUUUUCAUCACUUCACCUACUUAUCAUGGUAUCUGCUGCAGCUUGAGUGAGAUUUCUGAGUUGUGUCAUUCUCAUAAAAUUCCUUUGAUAGUUGAUGAAGCUCACGGUGCACACCUGGGUUUUCAUUCUGAGCUGCCGAACUCAGCCCUCCAGCAAGGCGCUGAUCUAACUGUACAGUCCACUCACAAAGUUCUGUGCUCUCUUACUCAGUCAUCUAUGUUACAUAUGUCUGGUAGCAUUGUAGAUAAGGAGAAAAUUUCUAGAUGUCUCCAAACUCUUCAGACCACAAGCCCUAGUUAUUUGCUUUUGGCAUCUCUAGACGCUGCUAGAGCUCAACUUAGUGAAAGCCUGGCCAGUGUUUUCAACCAAGCAAUCAAACUAGCCAAUGAAACUAAGUGCCUCCUAAAACACAUCCCGGGUAUCUCAGUUCUUGAAAAUUCAAGCUUUCCAACCUUUCCUGGUAUUGAUCCGUUACGGCUUACCGUUGGUUUUUGGGAGCUUGGUUUGUCAGGUUAUGAGGCAGACGAGAUCUUGUACAGGGAUUUCAGAAUUGUCUGUGAACUCGUUGGGAGUAAAUCCAUUACUUAUGCGGUUAAUCUCGGAACCUGUAGAGAUCAUGUCCAAAGGCUUAUAUUGGGCAUAAAACAUCUAGCUGCUACAUAUGCACACAUUCAUCAACCUGAAGAGACGAUGGUUACUGGUCAUGCACCAUUUGAUGAUAUAGUCAUGAGGUUGAUACCAAGAGAUGCCUUUUUUGCAAGCAAAAGGAAAGUAUCAAUAAAGGAUUGUGUUGGUGAGAUUUCUGGGGAUCUUGUAUGUCCGUACCCACCAGGCAUACCGGUUUUGAUCCCUGGCGAGGUCAUUACUGAAAGCGCCGUUGACUAUCUGAUUCGAGUUAGGAGUAAUGGUGGUGUUAUUAGUGGAGCCUCUGAUCCCUCACUUUCUUCUAUAACUGUCUGCAAUGUGUAACACAUCCAUUUUUGUCUGUUGGUGAAUUUAGCAUAGUCUGAUGUUUGAUGAUUUAUAUACGCAAACGCUAUUGGAGCUAUCAUGGCAGGAAAGUCACUCAAAAUCUGCGAAGUUAACGCCAGGGAAUCAUUCCAAUGUUUACACAAGAAACAUUACAAAUGAUACUCGGAUAAUGCCAUAAUGAAACAUUACAAACGA